GGCUCGCGGCGGCGGCGGCGCAGACAUGGCUGCGCUGGUGGAGCCGCUGGGGCUGGAGCGGGACGUGUCCCGGGCGGUGGAGCUCCUCGAGCGGCUCCAGCGCAGCGGGGAGCUGCCCCCGCAGAAGCUGCAGGCCCUCCAGCGAGUCCUGCAGAGCCGCUUCUGCUCUGCCAUCCGGGAGGUGUAUGAGCAGCUCUACGACACGUUGGACAUCACGGGCAGUGCUGAGAUCCGGGCCCACGCCACAGCCAAGGCCACAGUGGCUGCCUUCACAGCCAGCGAGGGCCACGCACAUCCCAGGGUAGUGGAGCUGCCCAAAACAGAUGAGGGCCUGGGCUUCAACAUCAUGGGGGGCAAGGAGCAGAACUCCCCCAUCUACAUUUCCCGUGUCAUCCCUGGAGGUGUGGCUGACCGCCAUGGAGGCCUCAAGCGUGGGGACCAGCUGCUGUCAGUGAAUGGUGUGAGCGUUGAGGGUGAGCAGCACGAGAAGGCAGUGGAGCUCCUGAAGGCAGCCCAGGGCUCGGUGAAGCUGGUGGUGCGUUACACACCUCGCGUGCUGGAGGAGAUGGAGGCCCGCUUCGAGAAGAUGCGCUCUGCCCGCCGGCGCCAGCAGCACCAGAGCUACUCGUCCUUGGAGUCUCGAGGCUGAAACCACAGUGUUUGGACCCUCACCCCGCCCCCUCCCCUGUACAGUAUUUAUUGUCACCGGCUCCUUAUUUAAAGAUCUUUGACCCUCA